AUGGACCAAUCCUCAGCAACGAUCCUCAUCAUUGGCGCUGGAUUUGCCGGCGUGUGGGCUGCGCUAGGUGCAGCCGCUAAGCUUGACAAAAGCCCCAGAAACAGUCGUGAUGUUCAAGUUAUCCUCGUCGCCCCCGAGCCUACCUUAUAUAUUCGCCCGCAAUUCUAUCAGGCCGAUGUAUCGAACGCCAAAGCAGAUUUGACAGACCUCUUCAAAGCUGUAGGCGUUCAAUUCAUCGCCGGCUCUGUUCAGCGCAUUGCAAAGGAUGAAAAUGCGGUUGAAUACACGUCGCCGAACAACUCGACCCACACUCUGCACUACGACCGUCUUGUUCUCGCCACGGGGAGCAAGGUGCACCGACCCCCCAUCCCCGGACUCGCCGAGUUCGCGCAUAGCAAUGAUCAAUACGACGAGGUCAAGGUGUUGGACAAGCAUCUGCAGGGGCUGGCUAGUCUGCCGGAUUCUGCUACUCGCAACACGGUUGUUGUCUGCGGAGGAGGAUUCACUGGGAUCGAGACGGCGGCAGAAAUGCCACAAAGGUUGCGUGAUAUUCUAGGCCAAGAUGCAAGCAUUCGAGUUGUCGUUGUCGAAAGGGCAGCGGACAUAGGUCCUGAGCUAGGGCCUGGUCCACGGCCGGUGAUCAUCGAAGCCCUAUCGACUCUGGGAGUGGAGAUAGUCACCAAUGAAACCGUCUCCGGUGUUGAUGCAGAAGGUGUCACCACUGCUUCGGGAUUGCGGAUCCCAAGCAAGACUGUCAUCUGGACUGGUGGUAUUCGAGCCAGCGUACUUACCGAACAAAUUCCUGGAGAGAAGGACGCGCUCGGAAGAAUCAUCGUCGAUGAGAGCCUCAGGGUCCCUGGCUUGAGGAAUGUCUUUGCAACAGGCGAUACGGCCUAUGCAGCCACAGACGAUGAAGGCCAUAUCGCGCUGUUGUCCUGUCAGCAUGCCCUCAUGCUUGGGAGGUACGCUGGAUACAAUGCCGCUGCAGACUUGCUUGGGGAGCCUACGAAGACAUACCGUCAGCCUGUUUACGUGACGUGCCUGGACCUGGGCCCAUGGGGUGCCGUUCUUACGACUGGCUGGGAUAGGGUUGUCAGUGGCUUGACUGCAGCUGAGGCCAAGGUUAAGAAGAUCUUAAUCAAUACCAAGUUGAUUUAUCCACCUCCAGCAACUGAUCGUGUCUUUGCUUUGGGCGAAGCACGCCCUGAAAUCGCCUACGAAGCACAAGUGUUUGCGACAGAAGGAUAG